AGUGAGGCUUGGUGGCUCACACUUAUAAUCCCAGCACUAGAGAUCUGAAGACAGGAGGAUUGGCCGUUUAGGGUCGACCUUGUUUACGUAGCAGAUUGGAAGAAACCAAGCCUCCUGGUAUCUUCGCCCCACCACAUGGCUAUAUGACUUUGGCUUUCAAGAUCCUCUUCCCGAGAAAAAAACUGUGCCUGUUCCCAGAACAGAAGCAUUGGCCUGUCAUAAGACAGUUCAGCCAGUGGUCAGAAACAGACCUUCGUGGGUGCUGCCUCCUCCAGAGAAGAAAGCCUGCCCUAUCUUUCCAGGGAGGUCAUCUAAGACCACGUGCCACCCACCUUGUUUUCUUCCCAGGGUCGCAUGUGGGACUCUGUACUGGCCCCUGUGAGAUGGCGGAGCAGCGGUUCUGUGUGGACUAUGCCAAGAGGGGUACAGCUGGCUGCAAGAAAUGCAAGGAGAAGAUUAUAAAGGGCGUAUGCCGCAUUGGCAAAGUGGUGCCCAAUCCCUUCUCAGAGUCUGGGGGCGAUAUGAAAGAGUGGUACCAUAUUAAGUGCAUAUUUGAGAAACUGGAGCGGGCUCGGGCUACCACAAAAAAAAUCGAAGACCUCACAGAGCUGGAAGGCUGGGAAGAACUGGAAGAUAACGAAAAGGAGCAGAUCAGCCAGCUCAUUGCAGACCUGUCUUCUAAGGCAGCUGGGACACCAAAGAAGAAAACCGCUGUCCAGGGUAAGCUGACAACCACUGGCCAAGUGACAUCCCCAGUGAAAGGUGCUUCGUUUGUCACCAGUACCAAUCCCCGGAAAUUUUCUGGAUUUUCAGCAGCCAAAACCAACAACUCUGAGCAAGGUUCCUCCAGCCCUGCCCCUAAGACAAGUCUGUCGGCAAGUAAAUGUGACCCUAAGCACAAAGACUGUCUACUACGAGAAUUCCGGAAGCUGUGUGCCAUGGUGGCUGAAAAUCCUAGCUACAAUACAAAGACCCAGAUCAUCCAGGACUUCUUGCAGAAAGGCUCUACAGGAGAUGGCUUCCACGGUGAUGUGUACCUAACAGUGAAGCUGCUGCUGCCGGGAGUCAUUAAGAGUGUUUACAACUUGAACGAUAAGCAGAUUGUGAAACUUUUUAGCCGAAUUUUUAACUGCAACCCAGAUGAUAUGGCCCGGGACCUAGAACAGGGUGACGUGUCAGAGACGAUCAGAGUCUUCUUUGAGCAGAGCAAGUCUUUCCCCCCAGCUGCCAAAAGCCUCCUCACCAUCCAGGAAGUGGAUGCCUUCCUCCUGCACCUCUCCAAGCUCACCAAAGAGGAUGAGCAGCAGCAGGCCCUACAGGACAUUGCCUCCAGGUGUACAGCCAAUGACCUUAAAUGCAUCAUUCGGCUAAUCAAACAUGAUCUGAAGAUGAACUCGGGUGCAAAGCAUGUGUUAGAUGCCCUUGACCCCAAUGCUUAUGAAGCCUUCAAAGCCUCACGCAACCUGCAGGAUGUGGUGGAGCGGGUCCUUCACAAUGAGCAGGAGGUGAAGAAGGACCCAGGCCGGCGACGGGCUCUGAGUGUUCAGGCCUCACUGAUGACUCCUGUGCAGCCCAUGCUGGCUGAGGCCUGCAAGUCCAUCGAGUAUGCAAUGAAGAAGUGUCCCAAUGGCAUGUUCUCUGAGAUCAAGUACGAUGGUGAGCGAGUCCAGGUGCAUAAGAAGGGGGACCACUUCAGCUACUUCAGCCGCAGUCUCAAGCCUGUCCUGCCUCACAAGGUGGCCCACUUUAAGGACUACAUCCCCAAAGCCUUUCCUGGGGGUCAGAGCAUGAUCUUGGAUUCCGAGGUGCUCCUGAUUGACAACAACACUGGCAAACCACUGCCCUUUGGGACUCUGGGAGUGCACAAGAAAGCUGCCUUCCAGGAUGCUAAUGUCUGCCUGUUUGUUUUUGAUUGUAUCUACUUUAAUGAUGUCAGCUUGAUGGACAGGCCUCUCUGUGAGCGAAGGAAGUUUCUUCAUGACAACAUGGUUGAAAUCCAGAACCGGAUCAUGUUCUCAGAAAUGAAGCAAGUCACAAAAGCCUCAGACCUGGCUGACAUGAUAAACCGGGUGAUCCGAGAGGGCUUAGAAGGGCUAGUGCUGAAGGAUGUGAAGGGUACAUAUGAGCCUGGGAAGCGGCACUGGCUGAAAGUUAAGAAAGAUUAUUUGAAUGAGGGGGCCAUGGCUGAUACAGCUGAUCUGGUGGUUCUUGGGGCCUUUUAUGGACAAGGGAGCAAAGGUGGCAUGAUGUCCAUCUUCCUCAUGGGCUGCUAUGACCCUGACAGCCAGAAGUGGUGCACUGUUACCAAAUGUGCUGGAGGCCAUGAUGAUGCCACACUUGCCCGCCUGCAGAAGGAGCUAGAUAUGGUGAAGAUCAGCAAGGAUCCCAGCAAGAUACCUAGUUGGCUGAAGAUCAACAAGAUCUACUACCCUGACUUCAUUGUUCCAGACCCAAAGAAAGCUGCUGUGUGGGAGAUCACAGGGGCAGAAUUCUCCAAAUCUGAGGCUCACACUGCUGAUGGGAUCUCCAUCCGAUUUCCUCGAUGCACUCGAAUCCGGGACGACAAGGACUGGAAAUCUGCCACUAACCUCCCCCAACUCAAGGAACUGUACCAGCUGUCCAAAGAAAAGGCAGACUUCGCUGUAGUGGCUGGAGAGGAGGGGAAUUCCGCUACUGGAGAUAGCAGUGGCGAGAAUGAAGGCACUGCUGGGUCUGCUGCGGCCCCCAAGGCCCCUCCUAGUAAGUCCUACAGUGGCAAGAAGGCUGAACAGAAGCUGAAUAACCCCAAUAGCAGAGGUGGCAACAAGGUGAGUCCAAAGCCUUCCCCCAUGAAACCAGGAGACAAGCUGGCUGUGAAGUCUUCUCCAGUGAAAGUGGGGGUGAAGAGGAAAGCUGAUGAUGAGACCCAAUGCCCAACAAAGGUGCUGUUGGAUGUCUUCACCGGGGUACGGCUCUACUUGCCACCUUCCACACCAGACUUCAGACAGCUCAAACGCUACUUUGUGGCAUUCAAUGGGGACCUGGUACAAGAAUUUGACAUGGCCUCAGCCACACAUGUGCUGGGUAACAGGGACGACAACACCGAGGCCCAGCUGGUCUCUCCAGAGUGGAUUUGGGCAUGUAUCCGGAAACGGAGGCUGAUAGCUCCCUGCUAGAACUUUGGUCUUCCUCUUUGGGCUGUCCUCACCUGCCCACUCUACUACUACCUGAGGCUCAGCCUGGAUGGCAGGGCCUUCGCUAAUCAGUGUACUUUCUUACACCCUCCAACCCUUCAUGGUCCCUUCAGGAGUUAGUUGCUGUGGGCACAAGCAAUUCUCUUGCUAGUUUAACUAGAUCUUUCAGAUCUGGGCACUAGCUUUGUCUUCUUGUUGAAAAAGAAGCCAACCUUAGUUAUUUGAGGUGCUGAUAACCAACCUGUACCCUUACACAUGCUAGGCACAGUGUUCUGCCAUUGAACUACAAUUUUGUAAGAAAAUUUAAGCCAGGCAUGGUAGUGCAUGAAGAGCAAGAAGUCAGGAUCGAAAGACAUCCUUUCCCCCCCAGUCCCCACCUCCAGUUUUCCUCAGUGACUAGGGAAUGAAGGCUGAGCAGAAUCUGCUUUCCGUGUCUGCUCCUUUUCACUGCACAUGCAUCUUAGAAGCUGUAUUUAAGCUGUCCUCAGACACUUCUUAUGUGGGGCAAAACCUCCAUUAUGCCUGAUCCCUUUGCUGGGGUGAACCCUCAUGUGAAAAAACAAGUGUACUCCAGUGAUUGUAGUUUCCAGGUUCCAGCUUGGAAGGAGAGGCUGUCAGCUAUAGGAAAAGUGGCCUCCUUGGAGACAAGAGACUUCAUGGAGGAGGAUUUGCCUCCUCAAAAUCUGGACAACUCAGGAGUACAGAGCCAUAGCCAGGAAACUCUACACACCCUGCUUACCAAGGCUGGCCCCUGUGCCACCUGUGGCAGAUGUACUUGAAAGGCAAAAGAUAAUUACUUUGUAUAACUGUAUACAGUGGAAGUGUCCUAAACUAGCCUCAUCUGGUUCUCGAGUCCUUGAAAUGUGACACUGAAACCCUCAUUUUAAGACAACUUCAAAUGGUCUCAAGUCACCAGUGACAGUCACAUACCAUCUGAGCAUCAGUUCCCCAAGAGGAAGGGGCAGAGGCAUGGAACCACCUGGUACAGAUGUUAUCUGAGAGGUCUGGCUUGCCACCUUACAUGUCGAAGUCACGCUUGGCUCUGAGCAUGGGCUUCUCCAGGUACUGUGGUAGACUAGCUUCCAAGUCUAUGCUGUGCCACCUCUUGAAGAUCAAUUCUCUGUUCUUCUAACCAACUCAACAGGGUUAUCUGUAAUCUCCUAUAGGCUAGGUCACUAUGACCAAACCUCUUAAACACUUGUGUGGAUCUCUAAGAUACAAACCUACCACCCCAUGUAUUCCCAAUACCCUACUAGGAAGUUGCUUACUAAUCUGGCUUUGCCUUUCACCUGUUUAAAAUGUGCAGAGGGAAGACACAGUGAGUAUAAGAUGCUCUGACAACUAGGGCAGUGUGGGUACCACCAUCUGGUAAAUAAGAUACUUUUUAAUCCAUCCUCAAAGAAAAAGACUGCUUUUUGCUUUGAGUACUUGCCUGCAUAGAUCUCCAACUUCCUUGGACCAAGCAGCUGGGUAGAGCAUCAAAGACAAUUCUUCCCCACCACACAGAGCCGAAAGUUCAGCCCUUUGUCCCUUGAAUGCCUUACUAUGUAUUCACUCCAAUUCACUAUCCAGUGUUUAUAUGUUUCUUCCGGUCUUUCUGACAUACUUCUCUCUGCAGGGAGAUUUGGACUGUAUGCACACCUUAAGUAUCUUUUCCUGUCUUUCCACCCAACCCUAAGCAAUAUUACUCUAAACCUCCCUGCUCUCUUCGGCCUUUGUUUACAUAGUGCCAGCCAUGAGUGGUCAUCACUGGAUGCUAAACAGGUCAGCCAUUAGCAAGAUUUAUUCCCUUUCAAGAGACAGGAUAGACUCCGUUCUCAUUCAGUUCUCCAGGAGGUAAUACACUCCUCUGCCCUCAGGCACCUGGUCGGGUAAGUUAGUAUAGGCCUGUGCCUAUUUUGCAGUUUGCUCUUUAGGCUGGGUCAACCUUUGAGCCAUUCUUGUCUGUCACAACUACAUCCAAAAGCUACUAUUUCAGAGUAACCAGGAAACUUAACUGGCUACCUAGCUGUCCUGAGAUUCCUUUCCACUUAGCUCUUGAAGGCCCUUUUCCAGUGGGACGGUGUAAAUAACCCACAUGGUGCUUCCCAUUUGCUCUUGAGAAUCGUCCUUACACUAGCUCCGUUUCUAGUCGACACAGUUUCUCCAUACACUUGUGAUUGUAGGCAGUCACAGCAUGCCGCAGGGGUGCCUUGACUGAGACCAGGCGACCCAAGCAUAUCCAUAAGUGGAAUGCAAUCCCUGAAGACAGUAGCUCUGUGCAUGUGGCCUGAUGCUUGCCUACAUUCACUAGUACUUUGAGGCCUCUGGCAUCAUCCCCACACCAGAUGGGACAGCAUCUGUAUUUAAACUUUAUUACAAAAUUAUAAAGCAGAGCUCUGUAACAAAAAAUACACAUUUGGGUUUGCUUUUUUAACACCCAGGUGAGAAAUCUUAAUAUAAGCCACUUGGAGCAACACAUUCACAUCCAAGAGAUUUUAACAAAUUUGUACAAUAUAGACUAUUAAUUCCUUUACAGCUUAUUAGUUUAGAACCAGCUAUUCCAACCAAUGAACCAGUUAGCUGUCUGUCUUUUAAAACUAAGUGUCAACUGAAAUCUUGGCGCAAUCACAUCAAAAUCCAGACUAGUUGAAAGGAUUAGGUGUUUCCAUGUUAAUUAAGACCAAGGAUCCAUGAAGAACAGAAAGGGGCUCAAGUAUUUAUAUAUUAAAAAAAAAAAAAGGUUUUCUACCUGGGUUAGAUGUUAACGGGGAUGGAAUCUUAGAAUUCCAACUUUUAUUUGGUGUAACAAUAAAAAAGUUGUUUGACA